UCGUUUCUUCCAAGUGUGCAAUUGGUUAUUACGGCGCUUCUCAUCAUCAAUAACAUUUUACAUCGCCUUCAUCAGAGCUGCUUCUCUUUUAGUCUCAACUGUAUACUGCAAAUCGAGAUUAUAAAAGAUGGUGCAGUACAAUUUUAAGAAGAUUACGGUGGUUCCCAAUGGGAAGGACUUUGUUGAUAUUAUUCUGUCUCGCACACAACGUCAAACUCCUACUGUUGUGCACAAAGGAUAUGCUAUCUCUCGUAUACGUCAAUUUUACAUGCGCAAAGUGAAAUACACGCAGCAGAAUUUCUAUGACAAGCUCUCCACCAUUAUUGAUGAGUUCCCCAGGCUUGAUGACAUCCAUCCUUUCUAUGGGGACCUUCUUCAUGUGCUCUACAACAAAGACCAUUACAAGCUUGCCCUUGGCCAAAUCAACACUGCUAGAAAUUUGAUUUCUAAAGUAGCUAAAGAUUAUGUGAAAUUGUUGAAAUAUGGUGACUCACUCUAUCGAUGCAAGUCCCUGAAAGUUGCGGCUCUUGGGCGUAUGUGCACUGUUAUAAAGCGCAUUGGCCCAAGUUUAGCUUAUUUGGAGCAGAUUAGGCAGCACAUGGCAAGACUUCCUUCAAUUGAUCCCAAUACUCGAACCAUCUUGAUUUGUGGGUAUCCAAAUGUUGGCAAGAGCUCAUUCAUUAACAAGAUUACAAGAGCAGAUGUGGAUGUGCAGCCUUAUGCCUUCACUACCAAGUCCUUGUUUGUCGGUCAUACUGACUACAAAUAUCUGAGGUAUCAAGUGAUUGACACUCCAGGGAUCUUGGAUAGGCCAUUUGAGGAUCGUAAUAUCAUAGAAAUGUGCAGUAUUACAGCUCUUGCACAUCUGAGGGCCGCUGUGUUAUUUUUCCUUGAUAUUUCUGGGUCUUGCGGCUAUAGCAUUGCGCAACAGGCUGCUCUUUUUCACAGCAUCAAAUCACUUUUUUUGAACAAACCGUUGAUGAUCGUAUGCAACAAAACGGACUUGCAGCCAUUAGAUGGGAUUUCCGAGGAAGAUAAGAAGUUAGUCACAGAGAUGAAAGAUGAAGCUAUGAAGACAGUGAUUGGUCAAGGUGGCGAGGCAACAGAUGAAGCAGGUGUGCUGUUAACUAUGAGCACUUUGACUGAAGAUGGUGUAAUUUCAGUGAAGAAUGCAGCUUGUGAGAGGUUACUGAAUCAAAGGGUGGAGUUGAAAAUGAAGUCGAAAAAGUUAAAUGACUGCUUGAACCGUUUCCAUGUUGCUAUGCCAAAACCACGUGACCAGAAAGAGAGGCCACCAUGCAUACCUGAGGCAGUGUUGGAAGCCAGAGCGAAGCAGGCCGAGGCAGAUGCUGAGAAACAGAAAAGGAAGCUUGAGAGAGAUCUGGAGAAUGAGAAUGGAGGUGCUGGUGUUUAUUCUGCGAGCUUGAGGAAGCACUAUCUAUUAGCAAAUGAAGAGUGGAAGGAAGAUAUAAUGCCUGAAAUUUUAGAUGGGCACAAUGUCUAUGACUUUGUUGACCCUGAUAUCUUACAAAGGCUUGAAGAAUUGGAGAGAGAAGAAGGUCUUCGUCAGGAAGAAGAAGGAGAUGAUGAUUUUGAGAUGGAUGGUGCAGAGCUUACCCCCGAAGAAAAAGCAGCAUUAGCUGAAAUCCGUAAAAAGAAAAGUUUGCUCAUUCAACAACAUAGAAUGAAGAAGAGCACCGCAGAGAGCCGACCCACUGUACCAAGAAAGUUUGAUAAAGACAAGGAGUUCACUUCAAAAAGAAUGGGAAGACAAUUAUCUGCUUUGGGAUUGGAUCCAACUCUAGCUAUCAAUAGAGCCCGAAGUAAAUCAAGGGGUCGUAAGCGAGAGAGAUCAGUUGAUGGAGAUGACAUUGGUAAUGAUACAAUGGAUGUAGAUGAGAUUACUCCCAGCAAGAAGCAACGUAGAUCUAGAUCACUUUCCAUGUCAAGAUCAAGGUCAAUGUCACGACCUCGAAAUGAAUUUGUUCCAGGGGAGGGCUUCAAGGACAAACCUCAGAAGGAAAAGGCUAUAAAGAUGUUUAAGAAUUCUGCUAAUAAGAGGAACAAGGAUGCUCGACGGGGAGAGUCUGAUAGAGUCAUUCCUACUCUGAAACCAAAACAUCUCUUCUCUGGAAAACGAUCAAGUGGCAAAACUGACAGGCGAUAGUCACCAGAUAUGCUCUGUAUACUUUCAUCGAGUGUUCAAUACUUGUGUUGGUGCUUAUUUGGUUCCUUUCUCAUAGUUAGAGUGCAAGACUACGAUUAUCACCUUCUUUAUCGGGUGGCCAUUGGAAUUUGCUGAUGUAUCAAGAUGCUUUUUGUUGCAAAAAUUUGGGUGGCGGACGGAUGGACAUAUGCAAAAAGAGAACCUUUGUUGGAAUGCCAAUUCACCUCAGCUUAUUUUGGGCACUCUGUUGUGCAAUUUUGGAACUUGCCUUUUAAUCCAAGUUUGUAUUUUUCUUUAGCGAUAAUUUUGGAAGAGUUUUAGUUUACCUUAACAUAAGAUAUGAGGAACAUGUCAAAACUCAACCUGUUGCAGUUUUGUCAUGGCAACACAAGACUAUAGAUUUCAAGUAUUUAAAUUUGUGUUUGAGACGCAGCUGUGUUUGGUGCCUUGUUCACUAUUUGUUCAUAUAAAAAUAACAGGUUUAAUUAAGAAAA